AGCUCCAAGACGCCAUAUAAGAAGAUAACAGGAUUCGGUUAUUAUUGCAGCCUGAAAUCAUUGUUUAGCACAGUUUAAGCUGAUUGAAGAAAUGAAGUGCAGUAAACUAGAUAUAAUUUGCUUCGUUGUGCUGUUGCAGUUGAGCGCGAUAAUCGCCACUAAUUACCAUGGAUACAAGGUUUAUGAGGUGGUUCCAAUGACGAAAAAGCAAACAGAUAUUGUGCACACGUUAUCAGAAGAUCCCAAGUACGAUUUCUGGAGGGAAGGCAGAAUUGUUGGUAAACCCAGUCAAAUAAUGGUAGCACCCGAAGAUCAAGGGGGUUUUGAAGAAAAUCUUUCAAGGAAUGGUCUCGGCUACGCUGUGGUGGCUGAAGAUGUGGAGGAAGUUCUUCGGCAGGAAAAAAUCGAAAGAUCUUUAACCAGAUCAGGGCUUUCUAUAGGCGAUGUUACAUUCAGCAGUUUUAUGCUCUAUAACGAGCAAAUGGCAUAUGUUCGAAGAUUGGCUACUGAUUACCCGGAUAUAACCACUUUGGAACUGAUCGGGCAAUCAUAUGAAGGCAGAGACAUACUGGCCUUAAAAAUAUCAAGCGGAGAAAGUGAAACAGCGGUGGCGAAGCCAACAAUUCUGAUCGAUGCAGGAAUCCACUGUAGAGAAUGGAUAGCUCCAACAGUGGCCCUGUAUAUUCUCUAUCAGCUUGUUCAGAAUAGUUCAAAUGCUGCCCUUUAUCAGAACGUUGAUUGGGUUAUUGCCCCUAAUAUGAACCCUGAUGGGUAUGAAUAUACUCAACGGACGGUAAGAAUUUCUUUCUAAGUAAGCGAAUUUUCA